GUGCAGUUAGUGUUUUAGACGAGGCAAAACUGCAAUUACCUCAACCAACUGAAAUCUAAAAUAACUAUUUUGCCAUGGAAAAUAACUAUUACUCUUCUACUAGUAGCAUAAAUAAUAAAAUUAACAGUGUGGCAAGUACUUCAAGUUCAACAUUUUCAAGUGCAUUAGUUAAUUAUGGUACACAAGCAUUUUCUGAACCAACUGUUUCAAAUAAUUACACCGUUUAUAAUAAUUACCCAAGUAGUUAUCCAAAUCCUCCAAUUAACACAGUAGAAUCCACUGCCAACAAAAGUGAAGACCAGUUGUGGGUAGACACAUGGUUAUCACAAAUUGGCAAGUCUGUUUUAAAUGUCCAACAGGUUCACACUAUAGACACUGCUGCUAAAGUAAAAGUUUCACCAAAAAUUCCAAUUCAUGUUGCUAAAUCAUCUCUACGAAGUUGUCUACUUAUAAUUGAAAGGCUCCAAGGAAUGCAGGAGAAUUUGAAAGAAAAUGCAGAAACAAUGUCAUCUUCAGAAUGGAAAAAGAAAACUUUGGAGAUUGGGAUAUUAAAAGAUCAUUUUUCAAAGUUCAUAUCACAGUUUGAAAAUCCUGAGGCUAUUGCUUUUUUGAAAAGCCGAGUCCACAAACGUAGAAAAAAGCGACUUAAUCAAAAAAGUAGGAAAGUAAUGGAAAGAGAAAGUGACAUACAAGAAGCAGAAGAAAGACAGAAAUUGCACAAAAAGAUUGACCAAUGGUUAGAAAGCAAAAAAGAAGAAGUUGAAAGAACCAAAGCAGAUGAAAACAUGAAGAAAGACGCAGAUUGUGUUUUAGCAGAAGUAACCAAAAAAAAGUCAGAUGCUCGUAAGCAACUUAGCCUCAUUUCAGCCCUCGUUAAAUUGCGAUCUGUUAGAGAAAGCGUAGCUGUACAACAAGGACAGAAAGUUUCACCUGAAGAUGGGCAGGCCUUUUCAAAAACUGCAGAGCAACUAACCAAAACAUGGGAGGAUUCCUUAAAAUUGUAUAUGAAAGAAGAACAGGGAUUAAGAUGUAUGUUAGAGCAAAGUGCUGCUGAAGACACCAUUGCUGCACAGGUAGCCAAUGAGAGGAGAAUUAUUCAAGAAUGGGAAACUACCUUAUUUGGGCCUAAAGUCAUUCCGACGCCAAUAUAUUGGGGUCUUACUUGCGCUGAUAAAAGUUUAGAGACUUUUAUAGCAAUAAGAAAAAGUUGGGACACUUUUUUGACAAAACAUGAGGAUUCAGAGGGUUCUAAGAUACCAGUUGGUUGGGUAUUACCAGAUGAAGAUGCACCUGAAAGUUGGAAGAAGUAUAUAUUGCCACCUCAGUGAAUAGCUUGCAUUUACUUAAUAAUAUUUACACAAUUUUAUCGUAUUUUUAAAUCGUUAACUAUUUAAUUUUUGUAAUACUGCUUAUAAUUUGCUUAAUAAAUAUUUUC